UGCAGGGUCAAACAUUUUCUUCAGACAGAUCAUUCUUGAGUCAGUCUGUCUUCUACACUUCUCUGUCACUUUCCCUUUUACGCACGAGGGUAUCAUGCGCUUUUUGGAGAGGUGACUCACUUUAAAGUGUGCACUUAAAUGAAUGUGCCAAUUCCCGAAAUGGCAAAACCUUUAGAUCACAUAAAGAGACCCAUGAACGCCUUCAUGGUGUGGUCCAGAGGCCAGAGGCGAAAGAUGGCACAGGAGAACCCGAAGAUGCACAACUCUGAAAUCAGCAAGAGACUCGGUGCCGAGUGGAAGCUGCUCUCCGACUCCGAGAAACGCCCGUACAUCGACGAGGCCAAGAGGCUGCGAGCCCAGCACAUGCAGGAGCAUCCGGACUAUAAGUACAGACCGCGGCGCAAACCGAAGAGUCUCCCGAAGAGGGACAGAUUUGUUUUCCCGCUGCCCUCUUUACUCGGAGAGGCAGCGGAGCACUUGAGGGGAUUUUCCAUGGACUCCUUUCUCGUCCCCGGGGAUAAAAACAGAGCUUUCCUCGCCCCUGCCUCUUCCUCCCCUUCCUCACCCUUCUCUCUGCUGGAGCCGGUGGCGCAGUUCAGCACCGGAGCUGUCCAGCGGGUGGCGGAGAUUCACUCUCUGCCCUAUAGCGCGCACAGCUUUGGCCACCAUACUGGUGGGAUUGGAGGACUGGUUUGCCCCGGACAGCACACCCACACCCACCCGCCACAUUCCAGUGCGGGAUACGUGCUGCCAUGUAACUGUAGCGCCUGGUCUGCGGCCAGUUUACACCCUCAGGUGGCGUAUGUUCUCUUCCCCGGAGGAAUGAACAGGAGCAGCAUGGACUCUUUUACUUCACCCAGCUCCAGCGUGCAGAGUGGGUAGGAAGACGCACAGUCAUUACGCACAGGACCUCUCCAAAAAUCAAAUUGGCUAUAUAUUUAUUCUGCAAUUUUACUUUUCACUUUUAUUUAACAUCUAACUGUAAUGGAGAAAUGCAAUGUUUUUCCAUGUUUAAAACGUCAUUGUUUACUACUGCUGCAUCACUGCUUAGUCCAUGUCAAUACAGGGUCAAGUUUGCCAGAUUGGGUGGUUUUCUGGAAGAUACGAGAGGUGAAAAGGACAGUUGUAAUAACAGAAUUAACGACAGUCAAUUACUGUGAUAUUUUUAGUAUACCAGAUGGCUGCUGCCUGUUUUUAUCGGUUUCGAAAGGUUAAAUGUUUCAAUAAAUCAUUGAAUUUGUAUUUAUUUAUUCAGAUGAAAACGUUUUUGAGAGAAUUUCACAAAGAAACACUAAAAAUCCAUCAACAUUAUGACUUAGCUGCUAUUCAGUGACUAAUGAGAAGUUUAAACUUUUCUUUAUAUUACUGUUUGGUUUAUUAUGAUUUUUAUUACUGAAAUGCCAUACCUGUCGUGUAUCAGCUGUAAUGAAAAACAAACUUUGUGGGUAAUAAUAAAGAUAAUGUGGAGAAGUACCAAACAGUAUUGUUGUGUAAAAGCAAUCCAGACUAAUGAUUAGAGAAGAAUUGUCUUUAGUCUCAGUUCAUGACAAAAAGGGAAUCAGGGAUGUCGUAAUCACACAAUCAUCAUCUUAACUGGAGGUGGUUAAUAUUUGCCAUCUUCUCCAUUAUAUGAAAAUAUUGCAAAAUGUACAUGUUGUCCUCAAGGACUUUACUAAGAUAACAAUGUCAUUUUUCAUCCAAAGGAUUAUUUGGCACAGUUGAAUUUCAUGUGUUUAACUUUUAGUUUACAUAUUAUCUUUUAUUUGAGUGUUUUACAUCAACAUAAUGUUUAUCCUUUGUUCAAACACAUAAUUGCAAUGAAUAUUUUACCCAAGUUGUGUGAAAUGUUUAUUGUU